UUCACUCGGUUUCUUAUUUCCCAGACGAUAUCUCUCUGAGUGUCUCACUUCGUCUUGAUCUCUCCGAUGGAGGAUUCCGGCGAAAUCAACCGCAACCACGGCGUGUUCCCCGAUUGGCGUGUUGGUUUCCAGCACGAGCUUCGUGGAAAAGCGAUCCACAAGAUCAUGGGCAACUUAAUGGAGAUCUGUAGGGUGAAUCCUAAUGUUGAUAAGCAGCAAAUUCUUAUGGGAGCACAAUAUUUUGAGGCAAAGGCUUACCAUCAAGCAACCAGUAAGGAUGAUUACUCGCGGAAGAUUUACCUAAUAUUGCUCUCAUGUAAACGACAUAAGAAAGACAAUAUCCCAGUGGAUCCUCUGAAGUCAAAUUUCUCUAGUCGGAGUCAUCUUUCCUAUGAUGCUGCAUGCUUAUAUCAGUCAGCACAACCACCAACUAAAGCUCAGCAACCACCUCAGCCACAAAUGCAUCAACAAAGAUUUCAAUCUCCUGAGGCUUUGCCUCCCUUUGCCGGUGCAGUCGAACAGAAGAGGAAACACACAUGCUUGCUUGGGGGUUCAUCAACUUCAGCGACCUUGUUGACAGUUCAAGAUGAUGCGUUUGACUUGAUAGAGGAGAUUCAUCAGAAGAUAAAGAAGAUGAAGGGAAUUUACUAUAGAGAUCUUCUUGAAAACCUCCGGAAGAUAGUUAUCAAACUGAACCAGCUUGAUGCUCUCCCAUCUCAUCAAAAGCAGCCUGACGAGCGCAGAAGACUGAUAGAGUGUAGAGAUUUUGUGCAGCAAGCAUUAUCCUACCUGGGUAUAGGUAAGGAGAAAAUUCAGGCUCAGCUCAUGGGAAGACUAAUUGUAAUGGAACGGAAGAUAAGAGCUUAUCUGGAGUUGCAGCCGCACAAAAGCGAAACUCCUUUACAGACUCUGGGGCAGAAAGAAUCCCGACAUCCAGGUGGAAAUGUUGAAUUGGCUAGACAGCAUCCACCCUGUGGAGCUUCCAUGUUGCGGAAUAUUGACAAUCACGCAAACCAAGGGCGACAAAUGAAGUCUCCUUCAAUUCCAUCAGUGUCAGUACAGGGCCGUGAGCAACAACAACUUUCUGAAAUGCUUUCGCCAUCAGACGCAGGGGAUAAUGGGCAGCAACAAAUGACUCGUGCGUCAGUACAUCCUGAAGUACAUGCUCCUGGAACAUCUGCCAUGUCAGCCUCAUCCAUGACAGUCAAAGAUGCUGGUUCAGAUAGUGAUCAAGUCAAGGAGACAACUGAGAAGUCAUGCAAAGGGAAGCGUCCAAUAGAGCUCAUAAUCAAUGCGGUACAAUCAGGAACACCUGAAGUGCUUGACUCCUCAACCAAAGAUAUUGCAUCCGUGGUUGAUUUGGAUAUUCUGUCAAGUUCAGCGCGAAGUAGCAGAAAGAAAAUCAGGCUUGACACUAGCAACAUGCAUGUACCAUUAACCUGUGGGCAUGAGGUAGAGUUUGCUGCACCAUCUACUGGCCAAUGCCAAGCCAAUCUGGUUACUUCUCUUGUACAAAACGAGAUAAAGGAGAUAAAUAUGCGACUAAUUGAUACCGUGGUCAGUGUAAAUGAGGAGGAAGUUGAUCGCAGCGCUGCUCAGGCUGUAGAGGGCAUGAUUGUUUCUUUCGCUUUUAUUGCUGUGUCUAUCAGUCCAAAUUUGAUUUCAAAAUUGGAUUUACAACGCAUGACUCCAAUCAUGUCUCUGAGACUCCUUGUUCCUCUUGACUACCCCAAAAGUUCUCCUGUACUCCUGGACAAACUACCGGAUGAACAGAGCAUGGAAUCUGGUGAUCUGCCUUCCAAGGCCAUGUCAAAGUUCAACAAAUCUCUCCAGUUGGUUUCUCAGCCCAUAUCACUUGGUACAAUGGCAAAGCUGUGGGAUGCUUCAAUCAGGGAAAUUAUGCUUGAAUAUGCUCACCAGUAUGGUGGAGGUACCUUCAGUUCAAGGGUUGCUUGUUGGCAGACUUGUGUGCAUUAGUCUUGGCUCUCAAUUUCAUACAAUUCUACUCUAUACAAACCCCUCUUGUAGUGUUGUAAUUAGAGUUUGUAAUGUCUCAGCUAGAUAUUUGUUAAAAAAAUAAUUAAAAAAAACCA